AUGGUGAACGGGACCGCCGCCGUGCUGGAGCCCACGUUCACGGGGUAUGUGGCUACCACCAACGAUGCCCUCAUCCUCUUCGAGGCCUGCUUGACCGGCGUCCUACACCAUGUGCCCCGGCGCCCGCACGAUCGCGAGCGCUCGCAUCUCGUCCGCAGUGGCAGCGUCUUCAUCUACGAGGAGAACUCCUCCGGCAUCAAGCGAUGGACCGACGGCGUCACCUGGAGCCCGAGUCGCAUUCUAGGCAACUUCCUCGUCUAUCGCGAACUGGAGAAGCCCUUCCCGCCCGGUGAGAAGAAACGCGCCAUGAAAAAGGCCAAUCGUCGCCCGACGCCCGCCACCAGGCCUGGCGAGCCGUAUCCGCGCCACGACAGCAACGGCUCCUCUACCGGCUACUCACCCACCUCGCCCUCCGGCCCCUUUGGAGACCGCCCGCACCAGUCCGAGGUGGAGCGUGCCCUCGUGGGAUCGCUGGUCGAUUCGUACGGCUUCAAGGAUUCCGGCCUCGUCAAGAAGACCAUGAGUGUGACCGUCAUGGGCGUUACCCACCAUCUCGUGUCCUAUUACAGCGUCGACGACGUGAUGCGCGGCGUCCUACACCCGCCCUCGAUGGUGGAAUCGCUGCGCUACAUCCGGCCCCGGGUCGAUCUUACGCAAAAACAAAGCUUCCGCGCUCCGAUCGACGAUGUAGAAACGAGUGUUAUGGAGAACGCGCACGACCCGUCCCACGCGGCGCUGUAUGGAUAUCGCCCGCCACAAAUGAUGGCACCGCCAGGUUACGCCAUGCCAGCGCCCUCGACCGACUUCUACAUGCACCCCAGUCCAUAUGCUGCCACACAUCCACCACAAACAGGCCCGAUCGCGGGUUAUUCGAUGGGCGGAUCGUUGCCUACUCAGCAAGCGUCCAACCCAUACCUUCCUUCUCCCGCUGGCCCCACGCCAACCGCUAUGACGCCCAAAAUCGAAGACUACCACGCCUUCCGCGCCGGGCCUUAUGGAGGAAGUAUGGACUCGCUCAGCCACAGCGCACUCUCCUCGUCGAUUCCGGGUGCUUUAAAUACGGCAAUUCCCAGCUCCUUGAACGAUCGAAACAGGUCCACCUCAGACCACAGUCCAUCCGCCUAUCGCAAUUCAUCUAUCUCUUCCCGCAGCGUCGCAACCGACGCUACUUCACCUAUGGACGCGUCAACUCCCGCCACCUACUCUCGCGGUAGCUUCAGUCUCUCCAGUCAAUUGGACUCCGGUCAGGCGACGAGUCUUGAUUCUCGUGGACUCGGUCCCUUGGAUCCUACAGUCCCCCGCCGUGAAUCGAACCCCAUGCACCAUCAGCCGCCCCAGCAGUCCUUCUAUACGCCGGAUCGCACACAGUAUUACAUGGGUGCGGCGGCUCCCCCGGUGAAUCAUCCUCAUUAUGCGACUCAGCCUUUGUCGACCUGGACGACGACGGCACCAGCCCAGCCGCAAAUCUAA